AUGACCGACCCUCAAGCCAGCCACAUCUCCGUACAGAAGGGCAGGAAGCGGAUGAAAGUUGCCACCAAUACAUCUUCGUCCCCUCCAUCGUUCCGUUUUCUCAAUCUCCCCCGAGAGAUUCGCGACAUCGUCUAUGGUAUGCUCAUGGCGAAUUCGAGGUGCGGAUCCGAAGGUCUCUUCCAUAGCCUCAAAGAUCGUUAUGCUCCAGAGGUACAGCUAAAAGAGCCUCGAACCGCCCUUUUGCGUGUCAACAAACAAAUUGAUGAGGAAGCGAAGGAAGCCUUAUACACCAACAACGUAUUCUCCGUGGCACUUGCUCAGAACGACCUGCGUUUCGUCAACGCACCGACGUACGGCGAAUUCUCCUACGCUGGGGUCAUCUCUGGCACAUCCAAGGCGCACAACGACGCCUUCGACCACGAAUUCGUCCUGAAUGACAGGAUCCCACAGGACCCAAUCUCCUGCCAGCCCGCGAUUCCUUUCGGGUGGGAUCUCGCAGCGAUUCGCCACCUACACAUACAGGUUUACCUAGAACUCGCCGGGGUCGAGUCUGCUCCAUCUGAACACUCCUUUUCAGAAGCAUACACAACGAUGUCAAAGCAAUCAUGGGAGAAUUUUUACAAAAUGGGGAAGUUGGUCAACCUCAGUCUUCUGCCGCGGAAGAGGGCCAGCGCCGAUGCAACUACGACACAUGCUGAGAGAGCUGGUGGCUGCGGUGCCGCGAAGUGCAGGAAAGAUUCGUUGGGGAUGCGGGGAUUGGAGGAUGAACGCAAAUGGUUGGAGAAGGUCGAAUGCAGCGCUGAGCAUUUCUACUUCGUAGAGGAUACCCCAUAUGAAGUCGUGGACGGUAAGGCGCUGGAGAAGUUGGUCGUUGGUUUAGACGCAAUCAGGGGCAUCGAUGCCGACUAUGAGGCCGAAUUCCCUACUGAGAAGGAGCUGAACUGUUCGAAACGCAAGCGGGACGACCACGACAGCACCCAAGGAGCCAAGAAGCAAACCCGCAAGAAGCGGCUAGCAAAAGGCAAGCGCACAAAUGCAGUGAAGCCAAAGCCCUGGGAGCCAUGCGGUCCCUUCAAUUUCCUCGGACUUCCUCGGGAACUCCGCGACAUGGUCUACGACAAGAUCUUCGAGGAACUUCCAGAGCGCCACCCGUGGGGCAAUCUCGUUCAUGACACGUCUGGAGGGGAGUUCUAUGAAUGGCGUGGCAAAUCCCGUCAUCCCCGCUAUGUGCCUGUCAAUCUGAAAGGCCCAACCGCCGUCCUCAGCACUUGUAAGCAGUUACACGAGGAAGCGAAGGAGGCUCUGUAUCGCGACCGCACGUUCGUGGUGACCCUCAACGAGAGGACCCGACGCUUUGAUGUCGUACGACGCUACACCAAGCCGCUGGAAUUCAUUACGAGGUACGGCCCCUCGCACGCCGACGAGAUCAAGCCCACACGAGCUGUCAACUAUCAAUGGGAUCUCGCUUCUAUCCGCCGCUUGGUCCUGCUGUUUGACUUUCCAGAUUGGAUGCCAUGUGAUCCAUUGGAACAUUUCGGCACAGCUGAAGGAUACCUACUUCUCUCAACAGCCUCAUUCGAAGCCUUUCGCGCCAUGCCAAAUAUGAAGGAGCUACGCAUAGGCAUGACUUACGACGACAACCUUCCGCCAGCACUGCUGGGCUUCUGCAUGGGUAGGAACAAAGCGCCUAUCCGCAUGCGAGAAAUGAUGCGGUCCUUGAUUGCGUCGAUCCCGAAGAGCGUCCACAUUGAAUGGGGACUUGCGGAGCAAGAGUAUCGCGAUAUGUUUUGGAGGAACGAUCCGGAAGAUGUGGAAAACAUGAACAUCUUUGACUGGGGCACCGUGGAGGAGAAGGUGUUGAAAGGACUAGCGGACGAGUUCGAAGGUCUCCGAGGAACUGACAUCGAUUACUACGCUAAUGAUGCGGAUGGGGAGGACAACGCGGACACGUCGGGCAAGAAUAAGGAGUAAUAGGGCGAGGACGACAGGCAGACUGAUGCUUGUCUUUAGUCCGAUUAGACGGCUAGUGUAGACUGGCCUUCAAGUCACUGCAGUGCGAUAUUAUGGCGAGCUAAAGAUGACGUGCCGGUCUCUGGACGGCGAUAUGGUGGUUAGAAACGAGUGCCUUGAUUUACUUCUACUUCAACUCGAGAUUUCCUCGAUGUCAUAGCUUGGGGACAUAUUGGACUUGCUUGCUUACAAUGCGGCUGGUGCGGACUAAGUAGUGCCUGUCUCAAACAUGUACUCACGCUCAUGCAAAUAGCAUGAAUGCCGAAACGAAACCUUGCAAAUUUGAAAUUAAUUCUCGAGUACACAACCCCUUUUUUUCAGUAAAUACAUAUCUGCGAG